AGCGGUGGGAGAGCAGAGGCGUAAACCGCUGCUUCUCUUUGGUCUGGCAGAGAGAUAGAGGAGGGGAGGGCUCUGUUUGAGGGAAAAGAACGACUCCCCCUUAACAUUCACACACACACACAGACGGGGAAGGUAAUAGCGGCUGGGUGUUCUGCAUUCCCCCCCCCCCCCGAUGAGAAUUCGCUGCAUCGGGGUCUUUACAGUCGAUGUAGAAAACGAAUUGCGGAAGUGAAAGAUAGAAAUGCUUAACUCCGCCUUGUAUGAACGGACGCAGAUCCUCCUCGGUGACGACGGCAUUCGCGCCCUGCAAGGCACCAACGUCUUCCUCGCCGGCACCGGCGGCGUGGGCGGCCACUGCGCCGAGGCUCUCGUACGCGCCGGCAUCGGCAGCAUCACCAUUGUCGAUCACGACGUGGUCUCCUCCUCUAACAAAAACCGACAGCUCAUCGCAUUGGACAGCACUAUUGGGAAGAGUAAAGUGGAGGAACUGGCGCGGCGACUGCGGGAUGUAAACCGGCACUGCUGCAUCGUGGCGCUGGACACCUUUAUCACGUCCGAGGACGUGGAGGAGUUGCUGUCAAGGCAGCGCUACGACUUUGUGGUGGACUGCAUCGACAGCGUGGAGUGCAAGGUGGCGCUGCUGGCCGCAGCCGUGAAGCUGAAGCUGCGCGUUUAUUCGUCUUGCGGCGCGGGUGGUCGGCUUGACCCGUCGCUGGUAAAGGUGGGCGAUUUGUUCGAGACGGAGAAUGACGGCCUCGCACGCGUGUGUCGGGCGGCGCUGCGGAAGCGCAACAUCGGGCCUGGCUGCAUCACCGUGGUGCACAGCACCGAGAAAGGGAGGCCCCCACUGGAGCCGCAGCGGCAGGAGGCGGGUGGGCGCGAUCGGGCGAUGAAUGGGACGAUCAGUUACAUGCCGCCGAUUUUUGGGUUAAUGCUGGCCGCCGCGGUGUUGCGGUGCGCGGUGGACCCGGCGGCGCACGAUGCGGAGGUGGCCCGACAGAAGAAGCGAGCCGCGAAGCAGGAGAAACGGCAAAGUAAGAAGAGGCGCAAGGAGGCUGUCAAUUGA